CCGUAAACCGCCUGGCCAUGGACAUCUGAAGUGAUGUGAAAUUGAUAACAGCGGAUUGAGCGUCUUCUUGCCCGCAGGUGUGAAUAACCCCGUGAUAACAUGUAACGAACUGAAUGCCAAAUCCACGCUCAUAUUCACACUCAUACUCUUGCUCGCUAUCCCUUGCUGUCAUUGUCCCGAGUGAAUUCUACUGGGGCUAGUACGGACGAGCAAAAGCAGCAAGCUUCUCUCCCUCUCUCUCUCUCUACACUGGAGUAGCAACCCGCUGCCCCUCGUCAACCCACUGCAUAGACACGAAAUGAAGUUGGCAACAUGGGUGCGAGCGACUCGAAACUAGUCUUCAAGAAAGGCAUCUUCAGGCUUUCGGAGGAGCGACACAUCCCUGCUGAUGAUGAAUACUGGACUUCGUUCUGGGAGUUACCCGAAUCGUCCGAAGACAUCUUCAGUCUCUUCGCACCUACCGACGUCCGGCGAACCAGAGAUAAUGCCAUAGAGAAUCUAGAGACCCUCAUACUCGCCGUCACCUCCCGCCUCUUCAUAUUGCGGCACCACCCUUCGUUCCCCGACCCUGAGCUGGCCCCCGAGAAGGACGCCCUCAACUGCAUACGGAUUCUCAAUCGCAUUCUCCCAUACCUCUACGAGGCCGAGCAUCUGCAAGGAUGGGAAGAGAAGUUCUUCUGGGGCACGAGGAGGAAACGCACCCGGCGAGCUGCCAUAGCGAACGAGGUAUUGUUCGACGAGGCGCAACCAGACGACGCCGACGAUGGCAAGACGCCCCUGGACGAGUUUGAGGAAACAAAGCCGCUCGCCGAGGAGCUCAUCGACACUUUGACCGACCUCCUUUUCUUCUCCGACCUCACUGUGCCCAAACAGCCCCAUGGCAAGCCCAAGGUCACAUAUGCCAUCUGGCAGAGCGGCGUCGGCUGCAACACCACCCUCCCAACAACCAAGGAGCAUGAGGCCAACCGAUGCGAGAUACUGCGGUUGCUGCUCACCUUGGCGAGUCAGAGCAUGUACAUGUCGCCCAGCGUCCUGCCCACCAAGGGCACGCGAGCAUUGACAUACAUAUGCACAUGUCCGGACAAGCAGGUGGUACUAUCCGUGCUCUGUUCCUUGCUCAAUACAACCCUCAAGUAUAACCCUGCCACCUGGAAAGUGCCGUACAAUACGUUGGUCUUCAAAGACGAGAAGCAGAUACUUGUGACCUAUACCUUGCAACUAUUGCUAGUCAUUCUCCUCUACCCAAUACCCGAACAGGUCACCGGAACGACACCAAAGAACUACUAUCGACACUUCCUCGGCAGAUUACACAGACCCCAGGAUUUCCAGUUUAUCGUCGACGGCAUGACCAGAAUCCUCAACCAACCCUUCCAAGCCAACACGUCGUAUAUUCCCGGGACCCAGAGCAGCACCAAGUUCUCCCCAGAGAUUAUAAUGCUAUUCUGGGAAAUCACACAAUGCAACAAGCGGUUCCGAGCCUAUAUGAUCGAUACCGAGAGAGCGCAUGAUUUCGUUAUCCUCAUACUAUUUUACGCCACUGAGUACAAGACGGAUGCUUCGAAACAGGGCGUCGUGCGAAUGUGUGCUUUCUUACUGCAGACAUUGAGCGUAGAGCAAAAGUUCGGCAUCAAUCUGAACAAGGCAUUUGACGGUCACGACAUGCUGCCUGCAGUCAUCAAGAUCCCAGGCUUCCGAGGCACAUAUGCCGACUUCCUCAUACAAUCCAUCUACAAUCUCAUCACUACGAGCCAAGGAAAGCUCUCGGCUAUUUAUCCGGCUUUGCUCGCAAUCAUCAACAACAUUUCGGCUUCCCUGGAAGGCAUCAACACAAUAACAUCCACAAAGCUUAUGCAGCUGUUCUCGUCCAUGUCGUCGCCAUCGUUCCUACUGACCAACGAGAGCAACCAUAGCCUGCUCAGAUCACUGCUUGAAUCGAUGAAUACCAUCAUCGAGCAUCAUUAUAAGGGCAACCCAUACUUCGUAUAUUCGAUACUGAAAAACAAGAAGCGAUUUGAAGCUUUGCGCUCCUUCACACUAGAGAGUGGCCAGGAAGAAAUCGAAAGGCGCAACCGACGAAGGAAGGAGAGCGGCCAACCUACGGACCCGUUCGAUAUGAGUAAUAGAAACUCCGUCGACAGCUUGCGGAGUCCCACCACUACCCAGUCACGAACUCAUUCUCUCAGUGACGUACCAGAAGAAGACAACACGUUCGCGAUUGGUGACGACGAGGAUGACAGCGACGAUGACGAAGAGCGCCCCACACCAGCACAAUCAAGCCCAAGCGAGAACCCUUCACGCGCAUCGUCGGUGGUCAGCAUCGAUGAUGCCGUCCCUACGCAGCUUAGAGGCAUGUCAGAGAAAGCUCGAGGCAAAAUGCCCGCAGGUGUUCCUUCAUUUUCCCGACAGAACAGCACUACCAGCCUAGGAAGCUAUUCUAUAGCAGGUCAAUCCACUUCUGGCGCCUUCGAACCUUCUGCGCAAUGGAUCGAGGGCUGGCUAGCAGAGCUACCACUCCACACGAUCCUCACCGUGAUACAACAACUUACUGCCCUUAUCACACGACAAGGCUUGGAUAUUGACAGCCCGUCUAACGGGAUACUCAAGGCAAUCCGGGAUGCAGACCUGGUUGGCAUCGAGCUCUCUUCUGUCAGAGUUCACUCAUUCGAAUGGUCGCCUCUGGCCUUGGGUUGGUACGAGUCACUGCUUUGGGCUUUUGUGUUUGCCAGCGAAAUGCAAGUCGCCAAGGGCACAGUUGGCAUCUGGAAUGGAACUGCCAUCAAGUUGUUCAAAGUACAAGAGACAGCAGCAGAGGGCCCAACAUUGACCUCACCACGAGGAGCGGUGGAUGCCGUAGGAAACAACAUUGUGUCACGAAUGGCUGCCAUAAACUUGAGAGGUGGCCCAGCCGCAGCCGGCACUGGUAAUGCUCCGCAGCCUAGAACCGUCUGACCGAAGCAUCACCUUGUAGUAGUGGGAAAGACAGUUGGCCUUACAAGACCUACCGUACGUGGAGUAAUCUCGAUUAGCUUAGCCAUCGGCGUUCUGGUUGAAGGACGUAUUCUAGCAUUUAGAACUAUCAGCCUGCUUACCAGAGCAAGGUUUCAGAUCAUUAUAAGAGUACUCGGAUUGAUGACCUUUCCACCACUUUUUGAAACGUAUCUUCUUCCAUCUUCUCUUUUUCUAGAUACUGCACUUAUCAGGUAGGGAUACAAAACAAUGGAGACUUCCUAUCUUGAAUUCUAUAGAAAAGCUCGAUGGGACACAGGGAAAUCGUCGUAGCACGCUGCGGCUGGUCAUAAUUCACGGGAAGACGACUACAGGCGGUCCUUGUCUGGUUACGACUGCUUUAGAAGUCGGGACGGAUUUGUCCACUGGAGGUACGGUAACAGUAGCAUAAAACCCAUCUGCACAUGGC